UCCAAGUGUUUCCCUGGUGUCGUCGUGCGCGCUGUAGUUUGUGUUUUUUCUGCGUGCGCGCUGUGUUGUUGACCGGCCCCGUGACUCGUCUCGAGUAUCUUGUGUGAAGGAAGCAGCGGAACGACAACAUGCAGCGGAGCAUCGCAUCCUUCUUCCAGCCCAAGUGUAAGGACAAGGCCGUUGAGAAGAAAGCUGCCCAUGAACCCGUGAAGAAACUCGUCAAAGGUCCCCUGAAGGUGCAGAACGGCGCCCGGGAAGCGGACUCGCCCAUCAAGAAGGUCGCCCGACGCAGCCGCCAGAUCCUGGACAGCGACGAGGAUGAAGACGAGGAGGAAGAGCAGAAGCCCGUUAAAGAGGAAGUCGACGAGGCAGCUCUGGAUAAAAAAGAAAAGAAGGACGACGUGUUCAAGGCCGUUCCCACGCCGCUGACCCCCGUGACCCCGACCACGCCGGCCUCAUCGGCCUCGCCCGGCACCCCCAACUCCGUCUCGCCCUCGGAGGUCGUCAAACGCAAGACGGCGAGGAAGAUGUUCCCCAAGAGGAAGCUGGACGACAGCAGGAGCCUGAAAGAGGAGGCGCAGGCCGCGGAGGAGGAGUCGGGCCGGCUGAACAAGCGCCCCCGUGUGGAGAGCGGCGCAGGGAGCACCGAGGAGCCCAUGGAGGAGGAGGAGGAGGAGGAGGAGGAGGAGGAACAGGCACUGAGCGAGGAUAACGGCCCAGAGGAGGAGGUGAAGAAGGAGGAGGAUGUGAAGAAAGCUGAAGCAGCGGAAAGUAAAGCAAAGGAGAAGAAGGAUGAUGAGAAAAGACCUGUUGGUUUAAAGAAGAAGAAGAUGGAGGAGAAGGAGGAGGAGAAGAUGGAGAAGAUGGAGAAGGAGAAGAAGAUGGAGGAGGAGAAGAAAGUGAAAGCUGAAGAAAAUAAAGCAAAGGAGAAGAUGGAUGAUAAAAGGCCACUUUCCAAGAAGGAGGAGAAAGUAAAGAAAGCUGAAGCAGCGGGAAAGAAAAAUAAAACAAAGGAGAAGACGGAAGAUGAGAAAAGGCCUGUUUCCAAGAAGAAGAUGAUGAAGGAGGAGAAAGAGGAGGAAGAGAGCUCUGAUGAGAAAGUAAAGAAAGCUGAAGUGGCGGAAAAGAAAAAUAAAGCAAAGGAGAAGACAGAAGAUGAGAAGAGGCCUGUUUCCAAGAAGAUGAAGAUAGAGGAGGAGGAGAAGAAGAAGAAAGUGGAGGAGGAGGAGGAGAAGAAGAAGAAGAAAGUGGAGGAGGAGAAGAAGAAAGUGGAGGAGGAGGAAGAGAGCUCUGAUGAGAAAGUAAAGAAAGCUGAAGUGGCGGAAAAGAAAAAUAAAGCAAAGGAGAAGACAGAAGAUGAGAAGAGGCCUGUUUCCAAGAAGAUGAAGAUAGAGGAGGAGGAGAAGAAGAAGAAAGUGGAGGAGGAGAAGAAGAAGAAGAAAGUGGAGGAGGAGAAGAAGAAAGUGGAGGAGGAGGAAGAGAGCUCUGAUGAGAAAGUAAAGAAAGCUGAAGUGGCGGAAAAGAAAAAUAAAACAAAGGAGAAGACGGAAGAUGAGAAGAGGCCUGUUUCCAAGAAGAUGAAGAUAGAGGCGAAGAAGAAGAUGGAGGAAGAGGAGGAGGAGGUGAUGAAAAAGGACACACUAAAGCAAGAGAAGAGCCCUAGAGGUCAAGGUGUGAGGAAGCAGGAGGCCAGGAAGACUCCCAUCAGCAGCUUCUUUGCUCCGAGGAAAGCUGCCGCGAAGACGGAGAAACCGGAGAAGGACGACGGCGAGAGGAAGACGAGUGGCGAGAGGAAGACGAGUGGCGAGAGGAAGAUGUCGACGGAGGACCAGAGCGACGACGCCAAAGGAGCGACGACCUCGGGGCCGCCGGACUACGACCCCACCAGGGCCGGCUACCACCCGGUGGACCACGCCUGCUGGGGGUGGGGCCAGAAAGUGCCGUACCUGGCGGUGGCUCGCACCUUUGAGAAGAUUGAAGAGGAAUCUGGCAGGCUGAGGAACAUCGAGACGCUGUCCAACCUGCUGCGCUCCGUGCUGCUGCUCUCUCCAGACGACUUGCUGUGCUGUGUGUACCUGUGUCUGAACCAGCUGGGUCCGGCCUACCUGGGGAUGGAGCUCGGCGUCGGGGAGACGGUGCUGAUGAAAGCCGUUGCCCAAGCGACCGGGCGCCAGUUGGACAAGAUCAAGGCGGCGGCGCAGGAGAAGGGCGACCUGGGCCUGGUGGCCGAGAGCGCCCGCAGCAGCCAGCGCACCAUGUUCACGCCCAAACGCCUCACCGCGGGGGGCGUGUUCACCAAGAUCAAAGACAUCGCCAACAUGAGCGGGAACUCGGCCAUGAAUAAGAAAAUCGACAUCAUCAAAGGACUCUUUGUGGCGUGCCGCUUCUCAGAGGCUCGCUACAUCGUCAGGUCGCUGGCGGGGAAGCUGAGGAUCGGCCUGGCGGAGCAGAGCGUCCUGUCAGCGCUCAGCCAGGCCGUGUGCCUGACCCCCCCCGGGCAAGAUUUCCCCCCCGCCGUGCUGGACGCCGGGAAGGGGAUGAGCGCCGAGAGCCGGCGGGCCUGGAUCGAGGAGAAGAGUCUCAUCCUCAAACAGACGUACUGCGAGAUGCCCAACUACGACGUCCUCAUCCCCGUCCUGCUAACAAAAGGCAUCGACGAGCUGCCCAAUCACUGCAAGCUGACCCCAGGCGUGCCCCUCAGACCCAUGCUGGCCUAUCCCACCAAAGGCGUCGGCGAGGUGAUGAAGCGGUUCGACGAGGCGGCGUUCACCUGCGAGUACAAAUACGACGGAGAGCGAGCACAGAUUCACAUUCUGGAGAGCGGAGAGGUUCGAGUGUUCAGCCGCAACCAGGAAGACAACACCAGCAAAUACCCCGAUAUCAUCUCUCGCAUCCCGAAGGUGAUGAAGGACUCGGUGCUCUCCUGCGUCCUCGACUCGGAGGCCGUGGCCUGGGACCGCGAGAAGAAACAGAUCCAGCCCUUCCAGGUCCUCACCACCCGCAAGAGAAAGGAUGUGGAUGCCUCGGAGAUCAAAGUCCAAGUGUGUGUGUACGCCUUUGACCUCCUCUAUCUCAACGGAGAGUCUCUGGUGCGACAGCCGUUGAGUCGGCGUCGGGCUCUGCUCAAAGAAAGUUUCUCAGAAGUGGAGGGAGAGUUUGUGUUCGCCCGAUCCAUCGACUCCGACAACACGGACGUCAUCGCGGAGUUCCUGGAACUGUCAGUCCGAGAUUCCUGCGAGGGUCUGAUGGUGAAGACUCUGGAGAAGGAUGCCACCUAUGAAAUUGCCAAGCGCUCUCACAACUGGCUCAAGCUGAAGAAGGACUACCUGGACGGCGUGGGCGACACCAUGGACCUGUGUGUGAUCGGCGCCUACCUGGGGAAGGGCAAGAGGGCGGGCGCCUACGGGGGCUUCCUAUUGGCCUGCUACGACGAGGACAACGAGGAGUUCCAGUCCGUCUGCAAGAUCGGGACAGGCUUCAAGGAUGAAGAUCUGGAGCAGCAUUACAAGUUCUUAAAGGAUUUUUCUCUGCUCAAGCCCCGCCCCUACUACCGCAUCGACCAAUCGGCGGAGCCCGACGUGUGGCUGGACGCCGCCCAGGUCUGGGAGGUGAAGUGCGCCGACCUGUCGCUGUCACCCGUCUACAAGGCCGCCAUGGGACUGGUGGACCCGGUGAAGGGCAUCUCUCUGAGGUUCCCUCGUUUCCUUCGGAUCAGAGACGACAAGAAGCCCGAGGACGCCACGUCCGGAGCUCAGAUUGCUGACUUGUACAAGAAACAGCAGCAGAUUCAGAACCAGGGGGAGAAAGGUGACCCGGAGGAUUACUACUGAUCACCAAUACUACUGAUCACCAAUACUACUGAUCAUCACCACUGAUGAUCAGUAGUAUUGAAUCCUGCCGUCGGUGUGUGUAAAUAUCUUGUUUCUAAAUAAAGGCGUGGUCCACUUUG